AUGGACGACACAGACGAAAGCGAAGUCCCCGUUCUUUCGGGCUCCGCACUCUCCGCCCUCAAAGAAUUCUACGCCGAACGUGAGGCUCGCAAAGAGCGGUUUGAAGAUCUCAAAGCAGAAGCCGGUAAUAAUGCUACCUCUUCUCUCAGUAUGGAUGCUUUUGCGGAAGAUUGGAAUGAAUCGCAGUUCUGGUAUUCCGACGAGACUGCGAAAGCACUGGCUGAAGAGCUCCUCGUGGGUGCUGGACCUGCCACAAGUAUCGCUGUUGUAUCAGCCCCGAGUGUUUUUGUCCAGAUGAAGAAUAUCUUGGCUGCAAGUGGCACAGAUGAGGUUCAGAAACCUACGUUGUGGCUUUUGGAGUUCGACAAACGAUUCGAGGUCUUUCCGGAGUUUGUGUUUUAUGACUUCAAGAAUCCCAUGAAGUUACCCAGGGGUAUGAAGGCUAGCGUUGAUCAUAUCAUAUGUGAUCCUCCUUUCUUGAGUGAAGAUUGUCAGACCAAGGCUGCUAUGACUGUUCGAUGGCUAUCUAAGUCUUGGGGAGUAUCACCAGACAAGAGAUCAAUAGAUUCCCGACUCAUUCUCUGCACGGGGGAAAGGAUGGAAACGCUCGUCAAUAGGCUGUAUCGCCCGCAAGGUAUUGCAACGACAACCUUUGAACCUAUUCACUCCAAAGGAUUGAGCAAUGAGUUCUUCUGCUACACGAAUUUCGAGUGCGACAGAUGGAAGUGGAAGGGUCAGGACGAGUCCAAGUCUUGA